CUUUGAAAUUAUUACUGUCUUCUAGAAUUUAGAAAUUUAUAUCUCCAUAUUAUCUUAAAAAAAUAGAUUAAUAAUUAAUAUAAUCUCGAUCUAGUGUACUGAAAAUAGUCAAUAGAAAGUAUGGACUCUCCACCAUCACUACAUGUGGAUAUUUUUGACGAGGCCUCACCCAUGGAGGGUACCUUUUGUGUCCAGGUUUCUGAUGACAAGUUUCAAGAAGAUGUACGCUCUGAGACAGACAAGGCGCUUGGGGAUUUGUGUUCUUUCUUGGACAAAAAUCCAGAAGUAUAUGCAAAUAUACUGAGAAAGAGGAAACAAGAAGAGAAGGAAAGUAGUGGGCUGUUCUCUUAUGUAAAGAGUAAAAUGCUGAGUGUGAUGCAAGGAGAACAAUACCUACAAUAUUUAAUCAGUGAUGCUGACUGCAUGCAGCAGACAGUUGAACUUAAGGUGGGCAUGUGCAAGACAUUCCAGUACUCCCAAGAUCUGAAAGGUAAUGUCACUAGGCACUCAGCUAGGUUGGCUGCUAAGAGACAAGCAGAGGUUUCAGUUGUUGACCCAGUCAACCCAACUAACGGCUCACUCUCUGAAUGCUUGCCCGCGUCUUCCAAGAAACAUAAGAAUAAAGACACCAAUGUCAGACUAGACCACAGUGAUGUAGGGCAAAAGGAAGAUGAUGAUAUGUUAUCAGUCACGGAAGUUAGACGGAAGGAUGAUGAUAAUUGUAUAUCAAAGGACUGUGAUGGUAGACUAAAUGUAAACGUCAAAAAAGUCAGAGCCACUAGAAAUAAAACAACCAAGUUGAGGGCUGAAGCUGACACAACUCAGGAUGAAAGUGCAGGAGAAAAUGGGUAUAAAAAGAGCAAUAACAAUUCUUCCAUUGUUGGGGAAGCAGGAAAUCUUACAGACCUGGUCCAGCUAGAUGGGCUGAGUCCAGCAGACGACUCAACUGCUCCACCCCUGCCCCCUCCUUUACCUUCACACGCUUUCAGUACUCUAGCGCCCACAACUCCAUUGGUAUCCCAGUCUUUGUCUAAAAAAUCAGCCUUAUCCAACAGUAAAAAAUCUGAGUCAAUCACGAACACACCAAAAAAAGCCCAAGUAAAAACAUUGAAAAGUAGUUCGACUAGUGAUCGUCAGAGUUCAGGAAAUCGUUCAGUUCCAGUGAAUAGAGAAAAUGGGGUGAGGUGUGGCAGCUCUCAUAGCUUAUCUCGAGCCAGAGCUGAUUCCACUGAGAAUUUGUCUCCCUCAAACUCUACCCACACUGUUUAUUCCCCUGAGAAUUUAUCUCCCUCAAACUCUACCCACAACGUUCCUGUAACAAAACCUGUCAGGACUUUGUCCCAAUCAAAGUCAGCUGAAAACUUGUCCCAGUCAAGAUCGGCUGAAAAUGUGUCCACACUGGAUGGGCAGUUUCUGACCCCAAUGUUUACAUCACAAAUGUUCAGGAAUCACAAGAGGUCACUGUCGACCACCUCAACUGGGUCUUUAGACAACAUUCACUCUGAACUGACUUCAUCCAAUCCAAUCACAAGACUCAAGGCCACCCAGAUCGCAAGAUCCCCUGGUGGAACGCCUGUCAGGUCCAAGUCUAGCACCAUGCCAUCAGAACCUCUACAUAGAGCCUUGUACACAGCCAUGAGAUCCAAGUUCCAAAAUGUCAACACCCCCAGCCCCAAAAGUGAUCGCUCAUCUGUCAGCAGUAACAACAACUCCACCUUCAACUCCACAUUUUCACCCUAAUACUAGCGACGCACUGCGUCAAUCUCAUUUGAAAUUACAUGUUUUUUAAUUCAAUGUUUACAGUACUAUUUUUAAAAGUAUAUAUAGAUAUAUGACAAUAUUUACAAGUUUUUAACACAUAUUCUGAAUGAUUAGGGGUCAACCAUUUAUGACGUCCAUAAACAUUUUUAUUAACCACCUUCCUCUGUCAACAUUGGAUAUCAACCCCCCAAUGUGGACUUUAAAAAAUUAUAUAAGUUUCCUAAAAACUUUUUAUCCAUUACUCUAAUUGAAUAAAAUAUUCGGUCUUAGGUACUAAUUUUUUAAAUAUUGAUAGGCUAACUUUCACUUAUCUACAUGUUGACCUGUAGAAUUUGUUUCUAAAACAGCAAUGUUGAUCAAAUGUACACAUUUUGUACAGAGGUUUUUUUUUUUUUUUUUUUAAAAACAUAUAGUUAUAUUCCUGUUAAAUUUAACAAGUGUAAGCCAUUCUCCUCUCCCCCUCCCCCCCCCCCUCCCACUGUAUGGAUAUCAUAAAUGGAUGUUUCAAAAUUAAUGUUUGUAACACUACGCUGCUGUUUCCCAAUGUGAAAUAUGUUGAACUUGUCUGAGUGCUGGCAAGCCUUUGAAAAAGCAGCUAUUUUCUUUGUUUUUUUACACCAUUGAAAAUAUUGUUUUGCUAGUCUUGUAUUAUAAGU